GAGAUCGAAGCCGGCCUCCACUAGGCCCGGAAGUCUGAUCUGAGGGGGCGGGGGACGGAGGAGGGAGCGGGAGACAGGGAAGAGCCAGUGGAGGAGUCCGCCCUCUGUCGCGUGCGUAAGCGGAGCAGCGACGCCGGGCGGCUACGCCGCGAAAUCGGCGUAGGCGGCUUUGGAGAAUCGGCGGGCUGCGCUGCGCCGGGGCUGGUAGCCGAGGGGGGAGGGGAUGUCGGUCAGUGCGAGAUCCACUGCUGCUGAAGAGAGGAGCGUCAACAGCAGCACCAUGGUAGCUCAACAGAAGAAUCUUGAAGGCUAUGUGGGAUUUGCAAAUCUCCCAAAUCAAGUAUACAGAAAAUCAGUGAAGAGAGGGUUUGAAUUCACACUUAUGGUAGUAGGUGAAUCUGGAUUGGGAAAGUCAACGUUAAUCAACUCAUUAUUCCUCACUGAUUUAUAUUCUCCAGAGUAUCCAGGUCCAUCCCAUAGGAUAAAAAAGACUGUACAGGUGGAGCAAUCCAAAGUUUUAAUCAAAGAAGGUGGAGUUCAGUUACUACUCACAAUAGUUGAUACCCCAGGAUUUGGAGAUGCUGUGGAUAAUAGUAAUUGCUGGCAGCCUGUAAUCGAUUACAUUGAUAGUAAAUUUGAGGACUACCUAAAUGCAGAAUCUCGCGUGAACAGACGUCAGAUGCCGGACAACAGAGUGCAGUGUUGUUUAUACUUCAUUGCUCCCUCAGGACAUGGACUUAAACCACUGGAUAUUGAGUUUAUGAAGCGUUUACAUGAAAAAGUGAAUAUCAUCCCUCUUAUUGCCAAAGCAGACACACUCACACCAGAGGAGUGCCAACAGUUUAAAAAACAGAUAAUGAAAGAAAUUCAAGAACAUAAAAUUAAAAUAUAUGAGUUUCCAGAAACAGAUGAUGAAGAAGAAAAUAAGCUUGUUAAAAAGAUAAAGGACCGUUUACCUCUUGCUGUGGUAGGUAGUAAUACUAUCAUUGAAGUUAAUGGCAAAAGAGUCAGAGGAAGGCAGUAUCCCUGGGGUGUUGCUGAAGUUGAAAACGGUGAACAUUGUGAUUUUACAAUUCUAAGAAAUAUGUUGAUAAGGACACAUAUGCAAGACUUGAAAGAUGUCACUAAUAAUGUACACUAUGAGAACUACAGAAGCAGAAAGCUGGCAGCUGUGACUUAUAAUGGAGUUGACAACAACAAAAAUAAAGGACAGCUUACAAAGAGCCCUCUGGCACAAAUGGAAGAGGAAAGGAGGGAGCAUGUCGCCAAGAUGAAGAAGAUGGAGAUGGAGAUGGAGCAGGUGUUUGAGAUGAAGGUCAAAGAAAAAGUUCAGAAACUGAAAGAUUCUGAAGCUGAGCUCCAACGGCGUCAUGAGCAAAUGAAAAAGAACUUGGAAGCACAGCACAAAGAAUUAGAGGAAAAACGUCGUCAGUUUGAGGAUGAGAAAGCAAACUGGGAAGCUCAGCAGCGUAUAUUAGAACAACAGAACUCUUCGAGAACCUUGGAAAAGAACAAGAAGAAAGGGAAGAUCUUUUAAACCCCCUCUAUUGACCACCAGUUAUGUAUUAGUUGCCAAUAUGCCAGCUUGGACAUCAGUGUUUGUUGGAUCCGUUUGACCAAUUUGCACCAGUUUUAUCCAUAAUUGAUGGAUUUAACAGCAUGACAAAAAUUAUUUUUUUUUGUUGUUGUUCUUGAUGGAGAUUAAGAUGCCUUGAAUUGUCUAAGGUUAUUGUGUACUUAGAAAGUAACAACCCUAAGUACCUUUCCUACGUUUUCCUUUUUUAUUUUUUUUUGAUUAAACAGAUGUUUCAGUUUAAUGCAAGAGAACAUUUUACUGUUGUACAAUCAUGUUCUGGUGGUUUGAUUGUUUACAGGAUAUCCAAAAUAAAAGGACUCUGGAAGGUUUUCAUUGAGGAUAAAUUGCCAUAAUAUGAUGCAAACUAUGCUUCUCUAUGAUAAUUAUAAUACAAAAGUUCCAUUCAGUGCAGCGUAUACAAUGAUGUAAUUUAGUCUAACACAGUUGAUCCUAUUUUUGACACUUCCAUUGAUUAAAAAUACACAUGGAAAAAAAAAACUAUAUGCUUACAAUGCACCUAGAGCUUUUUUAUAACAACCAUUUUUUGUUUGUUUGUUUGGAUUCUUUAAAUAUAUAUUAUUCUCAUUUAGUACCCUCUUUAGCCAAAAUCUCAUUAUUGCUUCAUUUUUGUAAUAAUGUUUAAUUUAGAUAUUUUCCAUAUAUUGGCCCUGCUAAAAUAGAAUAUAGCAUCUUUCAUAUGGUAGAACCAACAAGGAAACUUUCCUUUAACUCCCUUUUUACACUUAAUGGUAAGUAGUAGGGGGAAAAUGCAUUUAUAGAUCAUUUCUAGGCAAAAUUGUGAAGCUAACGACCAACCUGUUUCUACCUAUGUGCAGUCUCUUUACUAGAAAUGGGAAUCAUGGCCUCUUAAAGGGAAAAAAAAAAGGCACCAUUCUGCAUUUAGCUGUAUUCAUAUAUUGCAUUUCUGUAUUUUUUUGUUUGUACUGUAAAAAUUCACAUAAUAAACAAUGUUGUGAUGUAA